AUGUUUCCUCUCAAUACUUCUCAUCCCUCUCCUGUCACCUUCUUGCUGAUGGGCAUCCCAGGACUAGAGCACCUGCAUGUCUGGAUUGGGAUUCCCUUCUGCUCCAUGUACAUACUGGCUGUGGUGGGGAAUGUGACCAUCCUGGCUGUGGUGAGGGCAGAGCGAAGCCUUCAUGAGCCCAUGUUCCUCUUUCUGUGCAUGCUGUCGGUCACUGACCUGGUCCUCUCCACAUCUACGCUGCCCCGCAUGCUCUGUCUCUUCUGGCUUGGAGCCCAUGACAUUGCCUUUGAUGCCUGCUUGGCCCAAAUGUUCUUCAUCCACAGUUUUACUGCCAUGGAAUCAGGCUUCUUUUUGGCCAUGGCCAUUGACCGUUAUGUGGCCAUUUGUCAUCCACUGCGCCAUAGCACCAUUCUCACCCACGUUCACAUCACUAUAAUGGGCAUCAUUGUGGUGAUUCGGGGAGUAGCCUUCUUUUCUCCACAUCCCAUUCUGCUCAAACAGCUGCCUUACUGCAGGACUCGAGUCAUUGCCCACACCUACUGUGAGUUCAUGGCUGUGGUGAAGCUGGCGUGUGUGGACACAGGAGCCACCAAACAUUAUAGCCUCAGUGUGGCUACAAUCAUCGGCUCGUGUGAUGCAAUUCUCAUUGCUGUGUCCUAUGCCUUUAUUCUGCGCUCUGUAUUCCGCCUGCCAUCGCGAGACGCUAGCUUUAAGGCUUUGGGCACAUGUGGAUCCCACGUCUCUGUUAUUCUUGUCUUCUACUCCACAGCAGGUUUUUCCAUUUUUACUCACCGUUUUGGGAAACAUGUGCCAGCACAUGCCCAUAUUUUUAUUGCAAAUAUGUACCUUUUGGUGCCCCCUUUUCUCAACCCCAUUGUGUAUGGAGUAAGGACCAAGAAAAUACGCGAACAUGUUCUUAGGAUAUUAAUGGUCAAAGUUGCUUAA